UAAUAAAGUAAUGGGAGCUACUUGUUGCUCAGGAACGCCAUAAACUUAGGAGAUUCAUUUCACAGCUCCUGCUAAAUACGAUGCCACUGUUGAAGGAAAUGAUCAUGUGGAAAUAGCCAAGCCAACAGAAGCAAAAAAUGAAUAUUAAGAGAAAGAACCAAUAAAACAAGAAGAAUCCUAACCAGUUUAGGUUGAUGACAUUCAAUAAAGUGCAAAUCCUCCAGAUGAUGUAUAACAAUUCAGUAUAUUAAGGCUUUAAGAGAAAAAUAAAGGUAACAGAUUUCUACACAUGGUCCAAAUCCUGAAGAUGCUAAACCAUAUGAUAAAGAUCCUUUUAUUGAAAAUGAAUAGGUUCGUAAAACACUUGAAAAACUUGGAAAUUACCAUUAUGACGAGACAUCCUUAUCAAAUUUUCAUGAUUGUAUUGAGUUAGGACCCUAUGUAAAUAAUUAGAUGAUAACUCUAGCAAUUUGAGAAUGGAGCUAUAUAUGUUGGUUAAUGGAAAAAUCACUAAAGAUGGGGCAAAGGUAAAUAGUAUUGGCCAGAUGGAUCAGUUUAUGAAGGAUUUUGGAGUUCUCAUACAGCAAAUGGAAAGGGAAGAUUAAUUCAUGCAGAUGGAGAUGCUUAUGUAAAUACAUGAGUAACUUUUAGGAUGGAGAUUGGGUUGAUGAUAGAGCAUAGGGAUAAGGAACUUAUUAUCAUGUUGAUGGUGCCAAAUACGAAGGAGAUUGGUUGGAAGAUUAAUAACAUGGAAAAGGAACUGAAAUAUGGCCAGAUGGUGCUUAAUAUAUUGGAAGCUAUGUUAAUGGAAAGAAGGAUGGGAAAGGUAAAUUUAAAUGGAGUGAUGGAGCAACUUAUGAAGGUGACUUUCGAGAUAACAAUAUUGAAGGUAAUAACUCUAUUUACUAUCAAAUAAAAAGGUUUUNUAAUUAUGCAUAUAUUUUAUUAUUGAUUUGA